UACACGGAAGCUUGUGGCGUCAGGUCCCAUACAUCUCUGGUUUCGGGCAGUGGGCGACUCUAGGAGGACCUGCGUCCCUUGAUCACAAGCCCGAUUGCACACUAGAGGGUAACUGGACAGAUUGAAGUCAUGGCCAUUCUUUUUGCUGUUGUUGCCAGGGGAACCACUAUCCUUGCCAAACAUGCUUGGUGUGGAGGAAACUUCCUGGAGGUGACAGAGCAGAUUCUGGCUAAGAUACCUUCUGAAAAUAAUAAACUAACUUACUCACAUGGCAAUUAUUUAUUUCAUUACAUCUGCCAAGACAGGAUUGUGUAUCUUUGUAUCACUGAUGAUGAUUUUGAGCGUUCUCGAGCCUUCAGUUUUCUGAAUGAAGUAAAGAAGAGGUUCCAGACUACUUAUGGUUCAAGAGCACAGACCGCACUUCCAUAUGCCAUGAAUAGCGAGUUUUCGAGUGUUUUGGCUGCACAACUGAAGCACCAUUCCGAGAAUAAGGGCCUUGACAGAGUGGUGGAGACUCAAGCACAAGUGGAUGAACUGAAAGGAAUAAUGGUCAGAAACAUCGAUUUGGUUGCUCAACGUGGAGAAAGACUGGAAUUACUGAUAGAUAAAACAGAAAACCUUGUGGAUUCAUCUGUCACUUUCAAAACUACCAGCAGAAAUCUUGCUCGAGCCAUGUGUAUGAAGAAUAUCAAGCUCACUAUCAUCAUCAUCAUCGUAUCAAUUGUAUUCAUCUAUGUCGUUGUGUCACUUCUCUGUGGUGGGUUUACAUGGGCAAGCUGUGUGAAGAAAUAAGAAAGAAAAAGUUACCAUUAACAAAGGAUAUGAGAGUGAAAGGACAUAAAGGCAGUCCAUGUGACUCAGGCUUUUCACUACUCUCAGAAAGUACCUGCCAGUUUCCUUAAUCUUUUUCUCUUUUUCUUGUUUUAAUAGUAUUAUAUGCCUCCAGAUUUAUUUUGUCCUACCAUAAGGUUUAUUUUAAUGAACUUCACAUUGAACCAUUAUUUACAGGAGAAAAAGCAUUUCUCUGUUUCUUUAGUUAAGUAGAACCUUCUACUUAGAAAGACACUUUUGUUCGUAGCAUACAAAGAGUUUGCCAACAUGAAAACCACCAAUCUUAAGGCCUGUCUGCUAAAACUGUCUAGGAACUUUGUAUAUUCACACAAAAGUAUUGGGAGACAGAUUGUAUUGCUAACAUAUCAUUUCAGUUUCUUUUGUUAUAGGAGAGUUUUAGGUGCUUCAAAAUAAUAAAUAGAGAAUUUGGGGAAUUAUAAUAAAUUGUUGGUGCUGCUUAUAUCCAGGAGCCCAUACAAGUAAUGUGGUUAACAUUGAGUUUUUAUUUCAAUAAGGUGGGAAACAUUUGCUAGCCCAUUAGAAGCACAAGAAUUAUCCUUCUUACUCUCAGCAUUUACUUUCUGAAAUAAAGUUCGUGCAUUAUUUAUUCAUACUGCAUAUAGUUUAGUAUCUUCAGUUUCCCUAUUACAAAGUUUAAUUGAGAACGUGAAUUAAGUUAAGUUGAGGAUUAUGGGUUUUAUAUAUUCUCUUUUCUUCUGUGCAUAUUUGGGACAAACAUAGUAAUAAAAUUUAUAAUUGAUGAGAGGGGAACCAAAUACCUCUCAGUCACCAAAGAAAAAGAAGAGAGCCAUAGUAAAGGUGCAUGCAUUUUAGCCUCACAAAAUGUGGUCAUGUUUUUGUUUUUGUUUUUGUUUUCCAUUCUUUGAAAAGCCCAAAGUAAAUACAGUUAGAAGUCAGUUCCAGGAUUUGGGUUUGACUUCUUUUUUAUGGUUUAACAAAUUCUUUAAUCUGCCUAAUUUUGAAAAAUUUAAAACCUGAAAGAGAAUAGAUGGUAUAAUGAUAUAGAAAAAAUACAAAAUAUCUUAUCAUACAUUUAUUGUAGUAUAAAAAUUUUUGAGUGCAAUGCUUCUUUAUCUAUUUUGGCAUCAGUCAUUUAGUAGUUGCUGUCUAUCUGAAAAGAAGAAAAUUUUUGCCCUAGAUAUAAUUGCAUUUAUUUAUGAAUAGGUGAAAUUAAAUAGAAGUGAUAUUAUAGCUUACUCUUUUCUCAAUGAAACAAUAAAUUAGCAUUUUAAACUCAGCCAAUUGUUAGCUUAGUCAUGUGCCUUGAAUAUCUUUGUGUUCUAUAAUCAGUAUCUGGGUAUCUUCUACCUUCAUGCUACCUUCUUUUUUUUAUGAUAUAUCUAAUACACACAGGAACACCUCUUUUGUUCAUCAGGCAUACUAAAAAUGUUUUUCCCAUAUAUUUUUAUGAGCACUACUAAUUUCAUUGUAAUUAUAUAAUUAUUUCCUACUUAUAUUCAUUCUCAAAAUAAUUGACAUUUUUGAGUAAUAAUUUUAAUUUUUAAUUAAAGGCUUAAAAUUUACUUCCCUUAUUUUAUAAGCUGAAUAAAAUUUAUGUGCAUGCUAUAAGAAUUAACUAUUCCUUGCUCUAGGUAUAAGAAGGCUUUGUAAGGCACAUGUCUCAUUGUAAAUGAUGCACAAACUUAAGAAAAUAAUAAAACUUAAGAGCAAAAAAUCAA